AUACCAGUUCAUAGAGGAAGCUUUUCAGAACCAGAAAGUGAUCAUUGAGACACUAAUCACCAAAUUGAUGGAAAAAACUAAGUACAUAAAAUAUACAGGGAAGCAGAUCCAAAACAGAAUUCUUGAAGUGAAUCAGAAUCAAAAGCAGGUGGAACAAGAUAUUAAAGUUGCCAUAUUUACACUGAUGGUGGAAAUAAAUAAAAAGGGAAAAGCUUUGCUGCAUCAGUUGGAGACGCUGGCAAAAGAGCAUCGAAUGAAACUUCUGCAGCAACAACAGGAAGUGGCAGGUCUCUCUAAGCAGCUGGAACAUGUCAUGAAUUUUUCCAAAUGGGCAGUCUCCAGUGGGAGCAGCACAGCACUACUGUACAGCAAACGCUUGAUUACGUAUCGACUACGGUAUCUUCUCCGAGCAAGGUGUGAUGCUUCACCAGUGACUAACAAUACCAUCCAGUUUCACUGUGAUCCUAGCUUCUGGGCUCAAAAUAUUUUCAAUCUAGGUUCUUUGGUAAUUGAAGAUAAAGAAACUCCACCACAUAUGCCCAAGAACCCGGUGAUGGAAACAAACUUACAGCCACCAGGCAGCUUACCUUCAAACCAGCUCUCCAAGUUCCCAACGCAGAUAAGCUUAGCCCAGCUCCGACUCCAGCACAUGCAGCAACAGGUCAUGGCUCAGAGACAGCAAGCUCAACGCAGAGCAGGUCCAGUAAGUUUACCAAAUCCAAGAAUGCCAGGAGCCAUGCAGCAACCUCCUGCUUCUCAUCAGGCACCUCCACGCUUGAUUCAUUUUCAGAAUCAUAGCCCCAAGUCUAAUGGUUCGGCUCUUCCUGCACAACAGAUGAGAUUUCCCCAAACUCAGAACCUACCAAGGCAAGCAAUAAAGCCCAACCCACUGCAAAUGGCAUUCUUGGCACAGCAAGCUAUAAAACAGUGGCAGAUCGGUAGUGGACAAGCUUCAACUGCCCCUUCAACUGCAAGCAGCACAACAUCUACUCCAUCCAGCCCCACAGUCACUAGUGCUGUAGGAUGUGAUGGGAAGACAUAUGGUCCCCCUGUGAUAGAUUUGAGUUCUCCAGUGGGUAGCUCCUACAAUCUACCAUCUCUUCCUGAUAUUGAUUGUUCAGGAAACAUCACACUGGAUAAUGUUGUAAGGAAGGAUGGCACUGCAGAGCAGAAUCAGCCAAAACCCCCUUCAAACAGAACUGUGCAGUCACCAAAUUCAUCAGUACCAUCACCAGGCCUCUCAGGAGGAGUCAGUGUGACAAACAUACACCCUCCAAUUCGUUCACCCAGUGCCUCCAGUGUUGGGAGCAGAGAGAGUUCUGGCUCCUCCAGCAGGCCACCAGGAGCUGAUUCUACGCACAAAGUCCCGGUUGUUAUGUUGGAGCCCAUCAGAAUUAAACAGGAGUCAAGUGCACCAAAUGAGAACUUUGAUUUCCCAAUUGUUAUAGUGAAGCAGGAAACGGAGGAGGAAUCCCGGCCUCAGAAUGCCAACUUUUCAAGAAGCAUACUUACUUCAUUGCUGCUCGAUGGCAAUAAUAAUGCCACUUCUGAUGAAGCUGUCUUAAGAACAGAUGCACCAGACAGCACAGAUGAUCAACCAGGGUUACUGCAGGAGAACUCAUCCAGUGGGAAGACAGGAUGGAUAGGCCCCUCUCACACAGGGGAGGGCAGAAAAGAGGAUGAUCCCAAUGAAGACUGGUGUGCAGUAUGUCAAAAUGGAGGGGAGCUCCUUUGCUGUGAGAAGUGUCCCAAAGUAUUCCAUCUUUCUUGUCAUGUCCCUACAUUGAUGAGCUUUCCAAGUGGAGAGUGGAUUUGUACCUUCUGUCGGGAUUUGUCCAAGCCAGAAGUUGAAUAUGACUGUGAUAAACCUGCUCACAGCUCUGAAAAAAGAAAACUGGAAGACACUGUGGGUUUGGCGCCAAUAGACCGCAGGAAGUGUGAAAGACUGCUGCUGUACCUCUACUGUCAUGAAAUGAGUCUUGCUUUUCAAGAUCCAGUUCCUCCCACAGUUCCUGAUUACUACAAAAUAAUCAAAAAGCCUAUGGACUUGUCAACCAUCAAGAAAAGACUUGAAGUGACCAAUUCAUCCUACACAAAGCCAGAAGAUUUUGUGGCUGAUUUCAGACUGAUUUUCCAAAACUGUGCUGAAUUUAAUGAGCCCGAUUCAGAAGUGGCUGAUGCUGGCAUGAAACUUGAAGCGUACUUCGAAGAUCUUCUAAGGAACCUUUAUCCUGAGAGAAAGUUCCCUGUACAACCCAACUGCCAGAGUGAAAAAGAUAACCCAGAACUUACUGAUGACUCAGAUGAUGAUGUUGUACAGCCCCGGAAAAAACGCCUCAAAGAAGACCGUCAGCUGCUCAAAUGAGCUUCGUGUGUUGCUACAGAACGUUUUUUAAAAACUUGAAGUGUUUAUCACUAUUAAUUGUGAAAAGGGGAAAAGUCAUCACUGCUUUGACUUGUAGGUUUGUGGAUAUUUA